AUGGAGGCCAGGAGCCGGAGUGCUGAGGAGCUGAGGCGAGCGGAGUUGGUGGAGAUCAUCGUGGAAACCGAGGCACAGACCGGAGUCACCGGCAUCAACGUAGCGGGCGGCGGCAAAGAAGGAAUCUUCGUCCGCGAUUUGCGAGAGGAUUCACCCGCAGCCAGGAGCCUCAGCCUGCAGGAAGGGGACCAGCUGCUGAGCGCCCGCGUGUUCUUUGAGAACUUCAAGUACGAGGACGCACUACGCCUGCUGCAAUGCGCAGAGCCUUACAAGGUCUCCUUCUGCCUAAAGCGCACUGUGCCCACCGGGGACCUGGCGCUGCGGCCCGGGACCGUGGCCGGCUACGAGAUCAAGGGCCCGCGGGCCAAGGUGGCCAAGCUGAACAUCCAGAGUCUGUCCCCUGUGAAGAAGAAGAAGAUGGUGGUGGUGCCCGGGGCCCUGGGGGCCCCUGCAGACCUGGCCCCUGUUGACGUCGAGUUCUCCUUUCCCAAGUUCUCCCGUCUGCGUCGGGGCCUCAAAGCUGAGGCUGUCAAGGGUCCUGUCCCAGCCGCCCCUGUCCGCCGGCGCCUCCAGCUGCCUCGGCUGCGUGUACGAGAAGUGGCCGAAGAGGCCCAGGCAGCCCGACUGGCUGCUGCUGCUCCUCCCCCCAGGAAGGCCAAGGUGGAGGCUGAGGUGGCAGCAGGAACCCGUUUCACAGCCCCCCAAGUGGAGUUGGUUGGGCCCCGGCUGCUGGGUGCUGAGGUGGGUGUCCCCCAGGUCUCAGCCCCUAAGGUGGUCCCCUCAGCAGAAGCAGUUGGUGGCUUUGCCCUCCACCUGCCAACCCUUGGUCUAGGAGCCCCAGCUGCACCUGCUGUGGAGCCCCCCGCCAUAGGGAUCCAGGUCCCCCAAGUGGAGCUGCCCACUUUACCCUCACUUCCCACUCUGCCCACACUUCCCUGCCUGGAGACCCGGGAAGGGGCUGCAGUGGUGACAGUGCCCACUUUGGAUGUGGUAGUGCCUACUGUGGGGGUGGACCUUGCCUUGCCAGGCAAAGAGGUGGAGGCCCGUGGAGAGGCGCCUGAAGUGGCCCUGAAGAUGCCCCGCCUCAGUUUCCCCCGCUUUGGGGCUCGAGCAAAGGAAGUUGCUGAGGCCAGGGUGGUCAAGGUCAGCCCCGAGGCCAGGGCUAAGGGUCCCAGACUUCGAAUGCCCACCUUUGGGCUUUCUCUCCUGGAGCCCCGGCCUGCUGCCCCUGAAGCUGUUGUUGAGAGCAAGCUGAAGCUGCCCACUAUCAAGAUGCCCUCCUUUGGCAUUGGAGUUUCAGGGCCUGAGGUUAAGGUUCCCAAAGGGCCUGAAGUGAAGCUCCCCAAGGCCAAGCCCUCUGAUAUCAAACUCCCAAAAGUGCCAGAGUCAGCCCUUCCAGAUGUGCGACUCCCAGAGGUGCAGCUCCCAAAAGUGUCAGAGAUGAAACUCCCAAAGGUGCCGGAGAUGGCUGUGCCAGAAGUACGUCUUCCAGAGGUGCAGCUGCCGAAAGUCCCAGAAAUGAAAGUCCCUGAGAUGAAGUUCCCUGAGAUGAAACUCCCAAAGGUGCCUGAGAUGAAACUCCCUGAAAUGAAACUCCCGAAGGUACAUGAGAUGGCUGUACCUGAUGUGCACCUCCCAGAUGUGCAGCUGCCGAAAGUCCCAGAGAUGAAAGUCCCUGAGAUGAAACUCCCAAAGGUGCCUGAGAUGAAACUUCCUGAAUUGAAACUCCUUGAGGUGCCCGAGAUGGCUGUACCUGAUGUCCACCUCCUAGAUGUGCAGCUGCCGAAAGUUCCAGAGAUGAAACUCCCGAAGAUGCCCGAGAUGGCUGUGCCCGACGUGCACCUCCCAGAAGUGCAGCUACCGAAAGUUGCUGAGAUGAAACUCCCGAAGAUGCCCGAGGUGGCUGUGCCUGAUGUGCACCUCCCAGAGGUGCAGCUUCCGAAAGUCUCAGAGAUGAAACUCCCCAAGGUGCCCGAGAUGGUUGUGCCUGCUGUGCACCUCCCAGAGGUGCAGCUGCCAGAAGUCCCAGAGAUGAAAGUCCCUGACAUGAAACUCCCUGAGAUGAAGCUCCCGGAGAUAAAACUCCCCAAGGUGCCUGAGAUGGCUGUGCCCGAUGUGCACCUCCCAGAGGUGCAGCUGCCAAAAGUGUCAGAGAUUCGGCUGCCAGAAAUGCAAGUGCCUAAGGUCCCAGAUGUGUGUCUUCCAAAGGCACCAGAGGUUAAGCUGCUCAAGGCUCCAGAGGCGGAGCUAAAAACUGCUGGGGCAGAGAAAGCAGAGGGGAUGGAGUUUGGCUUCAAGAUGCCCAAGAUGACUAUGCCCAAGCUAGGGAGGGCAGGGUCCCCGUCACUAGGCAAGCCAAGUGCCGAGAUCUCGGGGAAACUGAUGGCACUUCCCUGUCUGCAGCCAGAGGUGGGUGGUGAGGCUCGUGUGGGUGUCCCCUCUCUCACUCUACCCUCAGUGGAGAUAGACCUGCCAGGGGCCCUUAGCCUGGAGGGGCAGGUCCAAGCAGCUGAAGUGGGCAAGGUGGAGCGGGCAGAGGGCCCUGUGGUGGCAGGAAUCGGGGAAGCGGGCUUCCGAGUGCCCUCUGUUGAGAUCGUCACUCCACGUCUGCCCACAGUGGAAGUUGAGGAAGGGCGACUAGAGAUGAUGGAGGUGAAAGUCAAGCCCUCUUCCAAAUUCUCCCUGCCCAAGUUUGGACUCUCGGGGCCAAAGAUGGCCAAGGCAGAGGCUGAGGGGGCUGGGCAAGCCACCAAGGUGAAGGUGUCCAAGUUUGCCAUCUCACUCCCCAAGGCUCGGGUGGGGACCGAGGCUGAGAUCAAAGGGACAGGGGAAGCAGGUCUACUGCCUGCCCUUGAUCUGUCCAUCCCACAGCUCAGCCUGGAUGCCCAUCUGCCCACAGGCAAGGUGGAGGUGGCAGGGGCUGAUGUCAAGCUCAAGGGGCCCAGGUUUGCUCUGCCCAAGUUUGGGGUCAGAGGCCGGGACACUGAGGUGGGAGAACUAGUGCCAGGGGUGGCCGAGUUGGAGGGCAAAGGUUGGAGCUGGGAUGGGAGGGUAAAGAUGCCCAAGCUGAAGAUGCCCUCCUUUGGACUGGUUCGAGGGAAGGAAGUGGAAGUGCAGGGUGGGCGCAUCAGCCCAGGGGGGAAGCCCGAGUCCGCAGCUGGGCAGCUUAAGAUCCCUGAAGUGGAGCUGGUCACGCUGGGGGCCCAGGAGGAAGGAAGGGCAGAGGAGGCAGUGGCCAUCAGCAAAAUGCACCUUUCCGGUCUGCAGGUGUCCACAAUCAGGCAGGUGGUCACUGAAGGCCAUGAAGGGGGGCUGAGAGUGCCUCCACUGGGCAUCUCUCUGCCCCAGGUAGAGCUGACUGGCUUUGGCGAGACAUCUGCCCUCGGGCAGGAGGCUGGCAGUGCAGCCCCUUCAGCAGAAGGAAUAGCAGCCUACAAGGUCCACGUGCCUCAGGUGACCCUGUCUCUGCCUGGAGCCCAGGUGGCGGGUGGUGAGCUGUUGGUGGGCGAGGGUGUCUUCAAGAUGCCAACUGUGACAGUACCCCAGCUUGAGCUGGAUGUGGGGCUGAGCCGUGAGGCGCAGGCUCAUGAGGCAGCCACAGGCGAAGGUGGGCUGAGACUGAAGUUGCCCACACUGGGGGCCACAGCAGGGGCUGAGGGGGCUGAGGACCAGCCCCCAGGGGCUGAGCGCACCUUCCGCCUCUCGCUGCCCGAUGUGGAGCUCUCGCCACCCGCCGUGGGCAGCCAUGCUGAGUACCAGGUGGCAGAGGGUGAGGGGGAUGCUGGACACAAGCUCAAGGUGCGGCUGCCCCGGUUUGGCCUGGUGCGGGCCAAGGAGGGGGUUGAGGAGGGUGAGAAGGCCAAGAGCCCAAAGCUCAGGCUGCCUCGAGUGGGCUUCAGCCAAAGUGAGACGGUCACUGGGGAAGGGUCCCCCAGCCCUGAGGAGGAGGAAGAGGAGGGCAGUGGGGAAGGGGCCUCAGGACGCCGGGGCAGGGGUCGGGUCCGCUUGCCCCGUGUGGGCCUGGCAGCCCCUUCUAAAGCCUGUAGGGGACAGGAGGGUGAGGCAGCCCCCAAGUCCCCUAUGGGGGAGAAGUCACCCAAGUUCCGCUUCCCCAGGGUGUCCUUAAGCCCCAAGGCCCAGGGUGGGAGUGGGGACCGGGAAGAGGGUGGAUUCAGGGUCCGGCUGCCCAGCGUGGGGUUUUCGGAGACGGGGGCCCCAGGCCCCACCAGGAUGGAGGGAGCUCAGGCUGCUGCCGUCUGAAACCCCUCGGCAGAUGGAGACUCUCCUCCUGUCUUCCCCUCACCUGUCCCCCUUGUUUUGUGUGUGAGAUAACUAGCACUAACCCUAAGAGGGUCGGGAGGUGGGCGACUGACCAGGGCAGGGGCGGGGAGGCCUGUGCCUGUCUCACUGGCAGAAUAGCCUGUAUCACGCCAAGCCAUGUGAAUAAAAUAAUCCUGAGGUA